AUGAGUUAUGAAGAAGCACAAGAAAAUCUAUCUGAUAGAAAAAACGCAGAAGAAAAAAUGACGCAUACGAUUCAUCGAGCUGUCAAUCAUCGAGAUCCUCUAUCAUAUCCACGUUUUGAAAAUGAUCAAACAUUUUCAGGUCAUGAAGCUCAAAAGAAAAUUCCAUUUCAUCGUGAAGAAACACAUGAAACACAACGUGCAGAACCAUGGAGUCGUUUAUAUUCAACGGCAACGCUUUCUUCUGGUCGUCAUGAAAUUUAUAUACAUGAUCCUAAGGCACCUAAUGAUUCACUUGAUUUUAUUCUCAAAAGUCAAUAUGAUCAAAAUGGUGAAACAUUUGCAGGAAAAGCACGUACUUUUGUUCAAUUAGAAACUGUCUCAGAUGAUCAUGGACGGAUUUUAAAGAAUCGAGUUAUUUAUAAAGCUCCAAUUCAAUCCGAAUUGAAUCAUCCAUUACGUAUUGUUGAAGGUAGUCGAAGGGAACAUUUAUCAGAACCUAAACAAGCUAUACAGGGUAUUCAUACAAUGUUAACUAACCGUGGUUAUGCUCGAAAUCAUCUUGGAUCGUUCUUUGUUGCAUAA